GGAAAUGAUGAGAACAAACACAAUUCUUGCCCUGGAAAACCGUGGUUCAGUUUGGCCAACAACAAACGCCUUUUGUUCCUCAGACAGUUUUUUUGCAGCACUCUUCUUCUUGAUUUGUUGUAUGUUUUGGCAGCCUAUAAUACUCCAAAUGUUUUUCCCGGUCGGACCGAUUAGUACAGGCCAAACAUGACAAUAAUUGACGAUUUUCAGCAACAAUAAUCCGCAAAAUAUGCGAAUAUGACGCUUCUACACAUUCUGGCACGAGACAAACCACCAAAUAAACUCCACUCCGCGUUGCUUACGUACAGUAUUGGGGUCGAAAAAUAGCUAUACUACGUAACAACAAACUAAAAACAAAAUAAGAAUGAACCAAAAAAUAAAACAAUUCAAUUCGCAUACUCUUGGUUCGAGACUUCAGCAAUACAAACAGAGAACAGUCCAUAGGCUAAUUAAAUAUUCUUGGAACGCCGCUCAUCCAAUCAAAUUCGAGGACUGGAACUAAACGUUGAAUACUGUACUUUUCAGCUCAGUUUAUUUAGGGAUUUGUAACACAUUAUGCGCCUUAAUUUAAUGCACGACUGCAAGAAGCAGUAGAGGUGCACGUAUGAGAUGGGAUGUGCCGUGGAGUUUUCCUCAGAGCAUCGCUGUUUCCUCCAUCAGUUGCAUCAUUGCCCUGGUACUGAAGGAGCCGCUUCCUGCUGCCUGUCAUCGCGAUGAUGAGGAUGAUGCCGUUCAGCAGACGCAGGACACACGAGCACGCUUGUGCCAGCUAAACGUCGGGAUCACUUUAAUCGAUCGUGACAUUGUGGGAUACAGCAAUUGUACGUUGGCCAGGACAACGAAGGAUUGAAAUCUCGUCUUUCUCGCGAAACCUCUGCCGUUAUUCUGGGGCAGAUCCGUCUUUAAGUCUCCCUUUGAGAUGUGUAUUGAUCUUUUUUAAAGAUGUCGUCAUCCUAUAUGUUCAUGGGUCGGUUCUUUGAAGGGCAGAGAUGUGGAAGUGAAGGAGCACGUUCAUUCUCUUCAUUAUAACGCUUCAUCUGUUGGAUACGAAUAUAAGCCGCGCUAAUGGAAAAUACGGGGUCACAGAUGGUUUCACUGGAGCGGCAGGUGGAGAGUGUGGAGAGGAGCAUUGUGUUCCUUAGACAGGAGCAGCUGUCUUUGCUGCAUGGACUACAUCUGGAGAUCCUGUCCCUCCAGAAACGCUGUACAGAACUUACACAGGAACUCAACAUGAAGCCCCCAGGCAGAAGUGAAGCAGACGUGAAGGAGGAAGAGGAACAGCUGGAAGCCCGUUGUCGGGAGGUGGAGGAGCAUCUGGAAGAGCAGCAGCAGAUCCAGAGUGAUCUGCGAUGGGAGCUGAGCCAAAAAUCCGUCCUGGUGGGUGCUCUCCGUGCCAGUCUGAAGGAAAAGGAGCGCCGUUUCCUGGAGGAAUUAAAACACCGCAGCCACAGGACCACUGUGCUCAACACCGAGCUGCAGAAGCAGACAGAGGCGGCUGCGUACCUGUCCUUCCAGCUGCAUUCAGCCAAGCAGAAACUCCAGCAGCAGAAGCAGCAGCAACGCAGGAGGCCGGCCCAGCCCGAUGCGGAAAAGCCUCCCAUGCACCCUUCGCCUCAAGCCAGCGCUAGCAGCCCGACUACGAUUAAACCUAAACGACGGAGCUCGAGCCGGCCGUCAUCACACCUUCGCACCGAACGCGCUAGGGAAUGUGUGCCGCGCGAGAGGGUGACGGGCCCCGAGGAGCCUAUGGCCAUGCCUGACCCCGCCCUCUUCCUCUACCCCUACAGACACAGAUCCCGGCUCCGCCCACCACAUAGACACGCCCUGCAGGAGGCGGAGGGGGAGGAGUCAGAGGAGCUCGAUCAAGGAGCUUCUGUAAGCAGACUGGCAACAACAGUAGCUAAAGCCACUGCGACCACUGCAUCCACCACAGAGAACAACGCUGAAUAAGCGUUUCUUUUACAGUUCGACCUGCUUGUUUUUAUGAUAUCUAAACCUGAAUUGCACCUUGAGCCCCCUUGGGAGAACCUUUGCAUUAUGACAGUGACAGAAAUGUUUAUAUUUGCAAUACGGUUUGCUUUUUUUACAGUUUGCACAUGCAGUGAUUAUUAGACUGAGGAGAGAUUUUUGCUUACGUUCUUAUGGAACCAAAAUCGACUCGUGUUUAGGUUGCUGUAAAGCAUUUUUGUAAUCAAAAAUGACCCUGAGGGCCUCAAUACACAAACAUGAAGUGCUUCAUAAGGCCUGUUUUAUGCAUCCUGCAUCUAGUUUUUCUCUGGCUAUAUUAACUGGUUACAGCAUUCACACUGACGUUUGUGCCGCUCAUACAUUACUUUCAUAAUAGACAAUGUUGUUAAUGUAAUUUUCAGUCCAAAUACAUUUCGCUCUGCAGGACUUGGAUUAGCUAGGUAUAGAUAGGUAGAUAUUUAAAGGUCCACUGAAGUGCUUUGAAACACACGUUAUUCCAUGUGUUGACAUAAUUUCAUUGUAACAGUAAGACAGGGCGGGACAUAUCAAGCAGGCCCGCCUCCUUUUUUGAAAUAGCCAGUAGCGUUCUGUUUAUUUCACAGCUUGGACCAGAGCUGCUGAGCUCGGUAAAGCCACAUUUAACAACUUCUGACAGCCAUAAUCUCAUCCAUAUCACUAUAAAAUACAGCAUUCUGUGUAGAAUUCAGACGGGUCCGAUACAUUUUGUGAUCUGUGCCAACUCGCACAUAUGAUCCACCCCCUGCUAUUGUGUCUCUGGGCUGGAGCAGACUAUGUGAACCACAGCGCAAAACCAGACUUCUUUCGCACCAGUGGAAAGAAUAUUUAAACUGUCUAAAUCGUUCCCUAUCUCUUAUGUAGUGCACUACGUGCCAUUCACCGUACAUGAAAAUACUAACUGUGUGAACAAGUGACCGAUUUCAGCAUGUAUUUAUAGUGUAGGUGAUGGGACGCGUCUGAUUCUAGAGAGCAUUUAAUUGGACAGAAAGUUUGAUGAGACGUGCAGGGUGAUGUCAUUAAAAUCGUUGAUCCAUAUUGGCUGAAGUUAGAGACUUUUAAGUUGAAUGCUUAUAUCUUAUAAAUGCGAAUUUUGUCAUUGUUUUGGAACACACUAGUUUAUAGAUGAUCUUAAAGCUAACAUAUUAAUUCUAAAAGCCAAAAAACUUAAAAGUCACAAUGAAAUGGAAGUAGCGGCUUUUCUUCUGUAUUGUGAUGUACACCCAAGUGUAACAUGUUAUAGAAAUAGAAUGAAAUGCAGGGCGGGGACUUGGUUCUAGCCAACCGUUGUCAUUGGGAAUUUGAGACAUGGCCGUUGCUCUUAAAAUUAAUUUUGGAGCGGUGGAAUUUAACCCUCAUGUCAUUCUAAACCCGUAAGACCUUCAUUCAUCUUCAGAACACAAAUUAAGAUAUUUUUGAUGAAGUCAGAGAGCUUUCUGACUCUGCAUAGACAGCAACGCAACUACCAAGUUCAAGGUCCAGAAAGGUAGUAAGAGCAUUGUUAAAAUAGUCCAUGUGACAUCAGUGGUUUAACCGUAAUUUUAUGAAGCUAUGAGUGUGCAAAGAAAACAAAAAUAACAAUUCUAUUUAGCAGCUUCAUCAGAAAUAUCUUAAUUUGUGUUCCGAAAAUGAACACAGGUCUUACAGGUACAUGAGGGUGAGUAAUUAAUGACAGAAUUUUCAUGAUCUUAACCAGAUUGUACAAAAAUACUUAUCAUUUUUCUAUUAAAUGUCAGUGAGCACAAAAUCGAUUGAAAUUGUGUAGUUUAGACAGUAUUAGACCUAAAUUAAUUUACGCUGUGAUCACAUUAAAAGAAAGGUGUAAAUACAUCAAAGACUAUAUUGCUGAGUGUGAAAACCCAUUUUUAGGUGGUGCUGAAGGAAUUCUAAUUGCUUUUAAUAAAAAAGCAAAUGGGUUUUCAUUAUACACAGUCAGCUGCGUAAGUAGCCUAGGCUAAUAUUUAUAGAGGAUUUGCACUUAACACCACAGUUUAGUCAGCUAUCUGGAUGCGUGGCCAUAUUGGAGAUACUUGGAUGUAAACAACAGCAUGGAUUGCAUGGUACUACUGAAUACAUUGUUGCUAAUUUAUGAUGUCUAAACCAUGGAAAAAAAAGUGUGGAAGCUGCUAAAUCAUAUAGAGAAUGACUUAGUAAGCAGGAAAGGGAGCAAUAUUUUGACAAACUAAAGUUAAUAGGGGAUAAAGAUACAUACAAGUAGUAUUAAUUAAGAUAUUAGACUUAUAUUUAACUUACCUGACUGGAAACGAUGAGAACAAACAUGAAAGUUGUCAAAAUUCUUGCCCUGGAAAUCUUGAUUCAGUUUGGGACAAACGCCUUUUGUUCCUCAGACAGUUUUUUGCACUCUUCUCCUUGAUUUGUUAUGACUUUUGUCAGUCUACAAUACUCCAAAUGUUUUUCCCAGUCUGACCGAUUAAUACAGCCCAAAACAUGACGAUAAUUGACAUUUUCAGCAGCAAUAAUUAGCAAAAUAUGCACGUUUUGUUCGGUUCAGUGGCAUUGUUUACAUUCAUUGCUGCCAAUAUGGUGGAUUAAUGACGUAUCGUGAAAACAAACAUGCAUUCAGCUACAUAAGCAUAAGCUUGCAGGGCAGUCGUCUAUUCUUUGCCAUUUCUCUUUAUUCUGCUCUCGCAAUAACAACGGAGCAAUUUUAUUAAUCACUAUCGAUCAAUGGCAGAUUAUCUAUCAAAGUAUUUCACCGGUUUAUACAGAAAUCUCUCAUUUUACUUCCUGAACCCUGGUGAAAAAUCCAGCAUAUGCUGGUAGGUAUGUUUUGAUGCUGGGAUGCUGGUUAGGUAGGUAUUGAUGCUGGUUUAUGCUGGUCCUUAGCUGGUUUAUGCUGGUCCUUUGCUGGUUCAUGCUGGUCCUUGACCAGCAACAUGACCAGCAAAAACCAGCAAAGGACCAUCUUAAACCAGCAAAGGACCAGCUUAAACCAGCAUCAAAACCUACCUAAUCAGUAUUCCAGCAUCAAAACAUACCAACCAGCAUAUGCUGUUUUUUUCACCAGGGAAGAGAGCACUCAAACGUUUACAUUCGUCUUCAUUUCGGCUCCCGUUACUGAGGAGAUCGUGAAGAAAGGAAAUGACAGACUGGAACGCAUUUUGAAUGAUCCGUCGAUGCUUUUGAAUUCAGUAAAUGACGGAGAUGUUAUAGUUAGCGCCUCCUAUAAUAAAGUGCUGAUUAGCAUUUUGCGCGUAGGCCUGCGUGCGAUCGGAACUCUGAAGACGCAUUUGAAUGAAGGUGUAAAUGCAGUCCAGUUAAGAUCUGGAUAUUAAACGCUUUCGUUUCAGAUCACACCGCAGAAAACACGUUUAAAGUCAAGGAUAAAUCUAUUCAUCAACACAAUAUUUAGCAGUAUAGGCAUUUAUGGAACAACAUACAUAAUGUUCUUCAUGUAUCCUGUCAUAAAUGCACCUCUGAAUUCUCACUUGCACACUUCCAACAACCAUUUUAAAUAUUUAACCUUUAUUAAAAGAAAAACGCCAUGUCGUAACCCAAGAAUCACUUUAUUUAGAGCUGCUGAAGCGUUGUCAGUGUGAAAGCAUGACCCUGCUGUUUACUUGCUGCAGACGCAGGAUGUGCGAAACAGGCUUUAGUCAGUGUCCUUGUGAACUUGUUACUGCUGAGUCUUUGUUUAGCUCUUUUUUUUUUCAAAUCUGUGUGCCCUUGUUGUGGAAUAUCUCAUCUCAGAUAUUUCUGAAUGAUCAGGUUGUCUGUCUGGUGUCACCACAAGUGCACUCUCUCUCAGCCCUCCAGAUGCGACGGGGAUUUUAUCCCCUAAAUACCGUUUCAGUCAGAUAGAUAAAUCCUGUGUGAAUGAGAUCUAUACAGCCUGGAUCAUUUGCUUAAGUGCUUUAUCUGGUGUACAGUGUGUUUAUGUGUAGGCUUGUUGAUUAGAAGAGAGUGGGCUCAAGGGUCAACGCGCCAUUGUUCUGCCAUCAUUAAAUGAGCCGGUGAUGCCCAAAGGACUGAUUAGCUUAUGCUGCUUAUGCUGUAAUGUUUUUAGUCUGAUGUCGCAGAUAACAUGUUCGCAUAUGUGUCGUUAGAAUCACAAUGCUGUUUGUUUUAUAAUUCGAUGUGGGCAGGUAUGUGUGCAUAUACCAGGAGCUUUGGGGAUUUGAUGACUAAUAGCAAUGUGAGACAUAUCGCAAACAUAUUAAGUGUUUGUAUUGCUUGUAAAUUCGUAAUAUGCAAGAUGUGGUGUUGUACAAAUCAAAGCUUAACUCCUGGUCUUAGAACUAAGAGAUGGUCAGUCCAUGGAAAUGGACUGGAUGGGAGUGACAGGCAACAUUACCUUUCUUGACAACUAAUAGACACUAAUAAGUUUAAAGGAAUAGUUCUCUCAAAAUGAAAAUUUGCUGAUAUUGUUUUCACCCUCGUUUAUUGAUGGACUUGAGCUGUUUGGAUUACUUGUGGAUUAUUGUGAUGUUUUUAUCAACUGUUUGGACUCUUAUUCCGACGGCACCCAUUCACUACACAGGAUCCAUUGCUGAGCAAAUGGAUAUAAUGCUGGGCUUCUCUCAAAUUUCUCUCAGAUUUUCAUUUUUAGGUGAACUAUUCCUUUAAUAAGAGGGCCUAAUAAAUAGGCUCUACCAUUGAGGACCUUAAGUGUCACAGGGCUUGUGACAACAAACAUCAUUUUGCAAAAUAACAUGACGGUAAAGAUUUAGUAGCACCUCUUUGCAAACUGAGCUUUUCUAAAGAUAUUUACAAUUGUAUGUGUGGUAUUUCUCUUUGCUUUAUUAGAUCUGAUGAUCAUUUUGCUUUGAAUAUUAAAUAUAAGGUUGUUAAAAAAUCCAAAUAUGAACAGCAGCCCUUACAGGGAUUGUUACUGAAUGCAUAAAAUGUUUUUGUUUCAUCUUAAAAUUGUGUCUACUUCGACACAGCCCUAACAAAGUGAUAUUUGCUUCACUCAGGGUCUGAAACCUUAUUUUGUAAAUGUAUAUGCAUAUGCCUGACACUAUUUAAAAGGCCUAUAACCAGUUUUUGUAUUGUAUCAGUGCAGAGAUAGGGAGGAUUUAGAAUGCAAGUAGGUUGUGUUAGACUGUGUGAUACAUCAUAUAAUCACAUUUUCAAUUUAAUGAUUCAUCUUGGAAACAUAUUGAUGCUUAUGAAAUGCUUACUUGUUCUUAAGUUCUUUAUAAUUGUGAUGCUAAAGAGAUAAGCAAUACUGCCUCACAAGAUGACUUCAGCAUAUUUACAGCAUACGUUUUUGAACAUUGAUGUGGAAACAAUAAUCCAUAGAUACAAUACAUGCACAAUACUGUUUUUUUUAUGUUUUUGUAGUCCCCAUUUCCAUGAGAUGAACAGUGUGCUUAUUAAGUUGAUUUUAUUUAGCUUUUGUGUCCUUAAGUAUGGAAUAACCUGUCUUCCCUUAAACUGACUGUUAUGUGGUAGAGGUUUUAAAACCGCUAUUCGAUGAAAAGUGAUUAGAACCAGUUUUCAUGGGAAACUACAGUAAUGUUAACACACUGUAUGUGCAUGUUUGGCCAAUACCAGACAUCAUCAUCCUGUUUCACAAACGUUUGGAAAGUCUUGAAAUGUACACAGUAAUUCGAAACUCUGACGACCCACAGAACAUUGUGCAACAAUAAUGUGUCGCAAUAAAUAAUCCACUGUUUACUCUAAUAUAUGAUU